CAGCAACAAGCGGCGGAAAAUCUGUGGCAACAGGCAGAAAAUCUGUGGCAACAAGCAGAAAACAUUGAGAGAGAUGCAGAUUUAAAUAUGGAAUCGGAUGUCGAAUCUCGAAAUCAACAUAAACAAGAAACACAAAACUCCAAUAACCAGCAGCAGCAACCAGAAAACAUGGAAAACCAAGCAGCGGAACACCAGCGGCAACAGGCAACGGAACAUCGGUGGCAACAGGCAGCGGAAAAUCUGUGGCAACAAGUGGAAAACAUUGAGAGAGAUACAGAAAACCAGUGUCAAGCAAAAAAUGCCGACGGACAAUGGAAGCGACAAAAUUUUAUUGAGCAACAAGCAGAAGAAAUCAGUAAUUUAGGGAGUACUAGUACACACCUCAAUAACUCCCGUCAUACUUCGGUUACAAUUUCAAGCGAUGAAUAUAAUAGUGAUGAAUGCAAUGCAUUACACGACAUUACUAAUUUACCCACCGAUCACUGUGAAGUAUAUCAAGUUGCUCGCGAUCGAUAUACAAAAAACGCCAAAGCAAUGCGAGAAAAAAUGCUGCGCAAAAAUUCAAAACGAAAAAUAUCGUAUGAGAUCGGAGAAAAUAGUACUUUCCAAAUCUUCUUGGACUUGUUUAACUUCCCUGAAAUCCAAUCUCUGCAAAGUUUAUCAGAUUUUAGAAUUAUGCCUAAACGAGCCCUCGACCCCCAAGAAUCUCCCAGAUCGAAGAAAAUCAA